GGUAGGCGGCGCCCCGACCCGCUGGGACACACACAAGAUGGCGGCUGCGGCGGGGCCGCCGUGACGGAGCGCCCGGCCGGCCUGCCUUGCCGCCAUGUUGGUGAGGGCCGGCGGCAGCGCGGCGACGGGCCUGCGCGGGCUGUGGCGGCGCGGCGGGAGCGCGGCCGGGGCCGGGGGGGGCGACGCUCCCGCUCCCCCUCCGCCGGCGGCCGCCACCUGCUUCCCGCUGGGCCGCGCGCUGCUGCGCGUGCGGGGCCCCGAGGCCGCCCUCUUCCUCCAGGGGCUCCUCACCAACGACGUCACGCGGCUCGCGGGGGGCGGUGCGGCCGUGCCGCGCGCCCUCUACGCGCAUGCGCUCAACGUGCAAGGCCGCUGCCUCUAUGACCUCAUCCUCUACAGGCUUCACGAGAGUCCAGAAGAGCCGCACAUCCUGCUGGAGUGUGACAGCACCGUGCUCGACUCCGUGCAAAAACAUCUGAAACUGUACAAGAUCCGGAGGAAAGUAAACAUUGCCCCCUGCCUUGACCUCUCUUUGUGGGCCGUUAUCCCCAGGGAGCAGCCUGGAGACAUCGCCAGCUCCCUCAACAAAUGCGCAGACCAGACUCUGGUUUUAACUCCUGACCCCAGAACAGAAGUCAUGGGCUGGAGAUUGAUUACAAAAAAAGAAGCAAAUCUACUAGAUAUUAUCCCUGGAAGUCAUAUUGGAAAUAUUCAGGAUUACCACAGGCACAGGUAUAAACAAGGAAUUCCUGAAGGUGUGAAAGAUCUCCCUCCUGGAGUAGCCCUCCCGCUGGAAUCAAACCUGGCCUACAUGAAUGGUAUCAGCUUUACCAAAGGUUGUUACAUUGGACAGGAGUUAACAGCCAGAACCCAUCACAUGGGUGUCAUUCGCAAACGUCUGUUGCCGGUUCAGUUUUCAGCUCCUCUUCCCCUGGAAAAUAUUCCUGAGGGUGCUGAGAUCUUAACUGAAUCGGGAAAGUCAGCUGGGAAGUUCCGGGCUGGAGGAGAUGAACUUGGUAUAGCUUUGCUGAGGCUUGCUAAUAUAAAUGAACCACUUUGCCUCAAAAUGCCAGGUGAUAAAGUGAAGCUCACUGCGACUAUACCCAAGUGGUGGCCAAAAACUGCUGGUAAAUAAAUGAGGAACCACUUCCUGCACAGUUGCCUUAUUGAGAAUAUAUUUUGUCUGACAAGCUUUUUGAAGGUAACUCUGCCUUCAGCUUCUGUUUGCAGUGUUUGAUUGGAGAGUGUAUUAGCAGCUUCCUUCAAAUCGGGACUAAACAGCAGGAACCCAAACCAGCAGUGAGUCACCGAUGGAAGGAGAAUAAUCAGUUAACACUUUGUGGGGAGAUCUUGGAGGAUAAGGUACGAAGGGAAGUGUAUAAAAUUCAAUUUCUCUGUUCUGUUAAGUGAAGAGGUAAGUGGGACUGGGCUUUUCUAGGCAAUGAAAUGUGGAAGAUCCCUGGUUCGACCAUAGCACCCUCAUGGCCCAAACACCUUCUCUGAUUUGCACAAAAUUACCUCUGCAGGGGGGCAGAGAGAGGCUGGUUACUGCUGGCUAUACCUGACAUAGGGAAAAUCAGAGAAAAGCUAGUUAUCUUGGUACUGGUUCCCCUUGCAUACAGCAAGAUUGCUGAAGUUAUGUAUGGAAGACUAUAAAAGACUGGACCAUGUUGGCAUCUAGUGGGGAUAUUCGGUAGGCAAGCUUUAUGUGAGAGAGUCCAUUAUUUAUUUAGGUGGUGCCGCAUGCUGUUGGACUCCUGCUGAAUUUUUAGUCCACCAUUCACUAGAUCAAAUUGUAUUCUGAAUAGGGUGCUUUGUGUAUUGAGACACUGAAAGAAUUGAUAGGAGUUUCCUCAUUGUGUGUACUGAAUGGAAAUAACCAUUCUGUAUUACAAAUUAUUACAAAUUAUUUAAUUGAGAACAUGCUUGCUACACUUAUAUUUGCAUAAGAUACAUCUUUGUCAUACUCAGGCUAAAGUGUUCAUUGCAAAAUAUUCCUUGCAUUGAGCUUCUUAUUAAACUUGCUGAUUGCAUGGAUAUUUUUUCCCAUCACUAUUACUGCUAGUUGUGUUCAGGGAGAGGAAUGCCUUGUACUUCACAUUUCAAAUCUCACUUUCGAUACCUCACCACACUGAAAAAUGCGGGAAAGCCCUCAAAGAUCUGUGUGCGUUUCCCUGCUGCAGGGCCAGCAGAGGGAGCGCAGCCAGCAGCAGUCUGCAGUAGAGCUGCACUGCAGUUCCUGAUCUUCGUCUUGCACACAUUGUUCCCCCCUCUUUCAGUGAGGACUGUGAUAUUUUACAGAAGUGCAUUGAUGCAUGUCCUGCAGUGACUCUGUUAUACUGGUGCCUGGUAGGAGUAAGCUACUGCUAGAGGCAGCUUCCCUCCAGCGUAGCUAAUUCAGUGGCCAACAACAGUUGAGGGGUUUUGUUGGCAUCCUCCUAACUUGGAUGUGUGCGAGGUUACCUAGGAGGAAGGUUUCCUUGCACAGGGGAUUGCACUGUUUUAUUUAUACCAGCACAGUUGAUAAUGAGGGAGGUGCCAAAAUAAGUGUUGUGAUUAAAGACGUGAAACAACAGGAUGACGUGCUCUGAAUCUUAAGAAAAAGCCUCCAAACUCUCCUGAAGCCUUCAGCAGGUAGGUUACAUCACUUUUUCCAUGUAACCACUACAAAGCUGGUGAAGGGACAGCAUAUCCCCAUCUCAAUGUGAGAUGCUUUCUACUUCCUUUAGAGUAAGCUGCGGUCUCUGGAGAAGUGUGUGCUACUGCUGAAGGGCACAGCGCUGCCCUGUGUGAAAAGCAAACUGGAGAACACUAAGCAGAGCCCAUUCAGGUCCAUGUGGGUCUUGUGCACCCUUUUCACAACCCUACCAGCAUUUUGCUCCUCUUGGCUUAGCCUGGUGUUCCUGACUGAGGGAACACACUUCCUCCACACUCCCUUUUCUGGCUCCUUCACUGCCACUCUUGUUCUCCUAGGAGCUCUCUGUGGCCUCCACACAAAAAGGUUCUCCUUGGCCAGUUCCUGCCACUGUCUCUAGCUGAGGUUUUCUCCGUCCAUCGUCCCCUGUGGGUAUUCAGAACAGCCCAAUACUUCAGGAUUUUUUUGGCUGCUGCUUUUUUUCUGGCCCCUGCUGCUCUUCUGUCUUUGCACUUGUUCCUACUUCUACAAUCAAUUUAUUCCUCUCUUUGCUCUCCAAAGCCAGCCAGCUCUGUGCCUCCUCACCCUGUCAACCUGCACUAAUUUAUACGUAUUUUUAUAAUAAAUCCAUUAUGUGUCCGGUGUUGAAAUGGUGUGUGUGAAGAAGUGGGUGAUGAGAGAGGCGAGAAGGUGAGAUCCCAUUCUGGCAAAAGAAAAGUUCUUGUAUACUUAUUUGUAAUAAAAGCCAUCCAAAGUACGUUCUGUCACUGUAUUGCUGUAGCCAUUACUGUGAAGGAAAUUUAUCUGUGAAAGAUGCUUGUAUUGGUCAAAACUCCUUAUGCUUGCUGUAUGAUUCUGUGGAAUAUCUCAUUAAAAGUUGGUCGUAUCAGUAAUUUUUAAAUCUACAUGUCUGAAAGAAGAAAGACACAAGCUUUUAUUUACUUAGUGUGAAGAUAUAUAAUGGAGUAGUGGGUUUUUCUGGUUGUUUGCUGACAAUAAACACAUCUCCAAAGACUUUUA